CCUAGCUCUGGGUAGUACCAGGCACACUGAAUAUCUAUGACGGCGGUGCCAUUGCUGAUGUUGUUGCCAGGAGAGACGGUUACCGAGGUCAAACCGGAAAUGGAUUCCAAGUGAUAAAUAUACAGACAUGGGCUGUAACACUCAGAGACGAGAAAGAGUGUGUAGUAACGACGUACGGGACACUGGCAGACGAGAACAAUUCCGGAGUAGGGCCAUACUGGACAAUGAGAUACGAGGGACAGUGUGGAGUAGGGCCAUACUGGACAGUGAGAUACGAGGGACAGUAUGGAGGAAGGACGUAUUGGACACUGGGAAACAACAGACCUCCCGGACAACUACCCGCCCGGAACACGACGUUUUGAAGAAAAUCAUUGUGCAACUAACAGUCCUACUGAUACAAUUGUGCGGCGUUACGGAAGGUGAUAGUCGAGUUGUCUCCCUGGACCACGCCAGCUGUCAGUUUGCUGUUUAUGACAUCAGUAUCCGGACGUCAUACUCCAUAGACUGGGACGGUAGAACACUUCCCAAACUUUGUCGACUUGGUUUCCGGGUACCCAACGUCAAUUACUACCAAAUCUGUGUUUCCGCCCUGAAGUAUGACGUCACAGACUGUGACUUCAACAUGCAGUACUUUCAUGGGCUUUCUUCACAGCCUAACAGAAACUACACCUGUACCGCGCCACCGGUUAGGUAUUGUGUCAACUCUACACGUUAUUUCUAUCUCCAUUUCACGGCAAAAAAGAAGUCAGAGUCUAAAGUCACCAUAGAAAUCCUAGCCAAGGCCAGGCAAAAAGAAAGUGAGAGGUCGAGCUCAAUGAUGGAGGUACUUGUCGGCGGUCUGGCCAGUCUCCUGUUUGUGGGCUUUUCCUGUUUCGUCUUCGGUGCUCGCAGUAAAAAUCCCUGUCUUUGUUUGCGUAAAUUCUUUGGUAAAUUCGAUGCAUGCCGUCCUUGCGUUAACCGAAUGGAUUCGAACGGGUGUGUUCCUACCCAGACAGAAGCACCGUCAUCCAAUAGGAUACCACGAGGAGAGUGCUGUACUCAUUCGGCGUGCUGUAUUCUUCUUGGUUGUGCUAUAAAUAGGGAACGAGGACCAACAACAUCCACGGCGCAUAGCCGUACAGAUCUGAACAUGGCGACCCAAUCCGAAAUGGAGCAGCCGCCUCCUUAUAAUUCCCUGGUUGCGAUUGACGGGAGAGGUGAUCCAUCUGAACUAGUUCAGCCACCGCCAAUUUGGAUACAGAUGUCUCCGCCCCCUUACGAGGCCCCUCCCCCAGCGUACGAGGACGUCAUCCGAAAUAAGUGAUGGCGAGCUUUUUGCCAUGCUUGUGUCUAACUUACAAAGUACAACGUAGUAUGCAAAUCCUUAGAUGUAACAUGUCAUUUUCUCGGGCUUCAGUAAACAGAUAGGCGACUAAAUCACCAAUUGGCCUGACAUAAUCUUUUCUAUGCCUCAAUACUGCUGAUAUACUUUUUAAAUUUUCAUUACUUACAGUAUAUGUUUUCAGUGAUCAAGUAUGAUGUAAUGAUACUUAGCAGUUCUAAUUCAAUAUCGUUAUAGUUACAAAGGAUCGAUAACAAUACUCAUUUAUUUCAUCUUUAUUGUAACCCAGGAAAAACAAUAGUUCUUAUUUCUAUAUCGUUAUGGUAACCAAGGAUGAAUAACCAUACUCGUGUCUAUAUCGUUAUGGUAACCAAGAAUAAUUAACCGUACUUAUUUAUAUAUCGUUAUGGCAACCAAGAAUAAAUAACCGUAAUUAUUAAUAUGAAUGGUGACGCCUGAAAACGAUACACAUUUAAAUCUGAAAUGGAUAAUGAUGUGUCACAUACAGAAUUCAUGUCCCAUGCCAAGCUGGCAUGUUAGAGUUAUUGCUGUUUUUGAACCCUGAAUGAAGUCUGGAGUUGAAGUAACUACGAAUUACUUGCUAUUAUUAUCACUUGUUAUCAAUUUUUAAAUCUUCAGAGUAAAUCAAGAUAAAAGGA